UUGGCAACACUGCCAUACUGUCAAAUUCCAGUAAUUAUUCUCGUCAACUGCUGCUGUUGAAUUGCAAAGUUGGUCGGCGCGUUAGCAUAGAAGCCCAGCAUAUAUUUGCCCGAUCCGAAAGCAGGCGGAGAUCAGUGAAAACGUAUACGUAUUUACCGCUAGUUGAGCAGUGCGAAAACGUGUCCGGAAAAGCCAAAGGCCAACGACAGCGAGUGCGAGCGAGAGAGCAGGUGACAGCGACACCGACAAGAUUCCCCGCCUUCCCCCCCCGCCAACGAACCCUAUUCGACUGUUUUUUUUUUUGCACCACACGGGGAAAACCGAAAGAAAAACGAGAUUUUCAAUUGAUUUGCGACGCAGUCCGGCCGGAAAAUGCUCAUAAACCUUAAGGUGAAGACCUUAGAUGCGCGCAUCCACGAAUUCAGCAUCGACAAUGAGCUCACCAUCCGCCAGUUCAAGGACCAAAUAGCCGAGAAGACUAACAUUGCGGCGGAGAACCAGCGUAUCAUCUACCAGGGUCGCGUUCUGGUCGAUGAUAAGCAGGUGAAGGAAUAUGAUGUGGAUGGAAAGGUGCUCCAUGUGGCCGAACGACCACCAUUCUCGCAGCGCGGAGCCAACGCCCGCAACAAUGAUGAACCCAUGCGAACCUUCCGCAAUGUGGCACGUCCGCAGCCGCCCGGAAUGCGCAAUUCUCCGUACUUCCGCGCCAUCGAUGGCAUGCUGGUGAGCACCAUGGCCAUACCGGUGAACAAUGGUCCAGUAGCAGGGCAGGCACGUCCUCCUCCGAAUCGUUAUCCCAACUCGUCGUCCUUCUGCAUUAACCGCAUCACUGUCGCCCUGCACAUGAUCGAUUGUGCUGACAAUAUAGCAGCUUAUCUGGAAAAUCCCGCCAUUGGCCUGAACAAUCAAUCUCUGGACAUUCUGCAGCGCGGUCGCUGGUCGAUGGAGUCCACUGUCGUAGAAGUAGGUGUCUCCUCGAGUGAUCUGCCACGCAACAAUAACAUCAUCGAUAUGGUCCAAGAUGCCGUGACCGCUGCUCUUUCGCAUACAGGAGCACGCAACUAUACGGUGGUGCAGCUGCCCACGGUUUAUACCAAUGAGAAUGGCGAGACCAGCCAGCAGGGAACUGCCGAAGCUGGAACCAGCGAAGGAGCAGCCAGUGGAGCUGCAAGUAAUGCUAGUGGUGAAACCACAGCUGCUACUGUGAUUAUCGAGGAUGUUAUCGAAACGGACGACGAAGUGGCCGAUGGAGCAUCAGAUCGAUCGGUCACGCCAACACCAGAGCCGGAGGCGGAAGGAGCUGUUGGUGGCCAGCUAGUCACUGCAGCAGAGACUCCCACAUCCUCGGCUGGAUCAGCAAAUGACGCUGCUGCCGAAGGCGGCAACAACUCAGGACCCAGGCGCCGCACUCGUCCUCAGGUGUUGGCCCAAGUUAUUCACCACUAUCGUGCUGUACAGACUCGCUUGGCGCCUUUUGUUGAUCGGUACUAUGAGAUUCUCCAGAAUGAUCCCACUUUCGAGGAGAGUGACACCGAUGGUCGCGAGAACGCACAGCGCAUUUUCGAUCGCGUCUCGGAGGCUUUCCACUACCUUUCGCACGCCCAGCACGCUAUAUCCGAUUUAAUGCUUGACCUGUCGCAGCCAGGGCCACGUGUGCUCACCUGCCGACCCAUUCUCGUCGAGCAGAGCGGCUACAUACGCUCCAAUAACAUCUUCACGCCCAACUUUUUGGCACAGCCCUCGGGUAUUAUCAACGAGCCUUUCCGCAAUAGAGCACCUGGUUCUGCCUCUGCAGCUGGCACUCAAACGGCCACCACCGCGGGAACUCAAACGGCCACCACCGCGGGAACUCAAACGGCCACCACCGCAGGCACUCAAACGGCCACCACCGCCGGCACUCCAACUGCUGUGCCACCGGCGCAGGCUGCCAAUUUGCAGGCGGCCACCGAUGCCAGUCGCAGUGCAGCGGCCAUGGCGGAGAUCGCCAGUCGAGCUGCUGGAGCCGCUGCGGAAAUGGCUGCCGGAGCUGCAAGUGCGGCUGCUGGAGCUGCGAAUGCGGCUGCCGCCGCCGCUCGCGAUUUAUCUAGUGAUCCAGUAGAGGAUCCCGUCGACGAGCCUAUGGUGGCGCCAAAUGCUGCAGGUGCGGCAACACCAGCACAAGAGCAACAGCGUCUCGAAAUGGAUCACGACCACGAUGAUCAAAGUGAUACUCCCGAACGAGAAACCCGACCAGUGCCUAGGCUGCGUGUCUAUGUGCCAGUGACUUUGCCACCGCCCAAUCCCCAAUUGGAAAUGGCUCGAAUUAUUCAGGCAAUGGUCAAUGGUCAACGCCCGAACGACGUCCAUGUGGAAUUCAAUGCCCCCAACGUUAUGUCUAUUAACUUGCCUGUGCAUGUGAUGACGACCGUGCGACAGGCUCCGGCAGCUGGAUCGAACGAAACAGCCGAACAGUCUGCGUCUGAUUCCUCCUCCCCUGAAAGUGCUCCUGCAUCGGGCAAUGGAGAGUCUCCAAAUGCAGCUUCAACAUCAAGUGGAACACGCAGUGGCGAUCAGAGGGCCAAUACCUUACCCACCACGGCCACGCAAACGCGCUCGACAUCAAGACCACAGAUUCAGAUUGGCGGAAACAAUAACUGGGGCGGACGCAUUGCUCCGACACACACGGCAUUCGACCGCUUUCUGCCUUGCAAUAGUCAUCACAUUCGGGAACCAGAGCAGCUGCUCCAAAACAACAGUACCAGUCGCAGCACUUCGACAGCACCAGCAGGAGGAGCCACCGUUCUUCCGCCUACAUCUGCUGCAGUAACUCGUCCUGUCACCACUGGUCGCAUCCAACGCGGCAGUAACACAAUCCGCCCAAUGUGGUCGUCGCGUCGCCAGCGACCAGCAAGCGAGCAACUAAGCAGCCUGGGACCGGCAGCCUGGGCUCAGGCGCAGACCCAAACCACUCAUAUUCCAAGUGCCCACGUUGGUGCUGGCAGUACCAAUGGGGCCGGAGUCGGAGCCGGGAGAGUGCGGCCUGUGGGAGGAUCAACCAUCAAUCGUGAUCGGCUGGCGACUCGAACGGCCCACGUUGGCGGUGGCAGCACCAACGGAGGCUUGAACUCUGGCCGACGGGGGCGACUACAGGCCGCCACCAGUCGCCUGUCCAGACAUUUACCCACCCAACUCGCUAAUUUUUUGAUUAAUAAUAUGAGAAAUAAUGCGCCAACAGCUUCGGUAGGCAGCGCAGUCGCCGCCGUCGGAGAUACGGCCGCCUCACCAUCAGGAGAAGCUGUCCCAAUUGCUUCAACCACGCCAGCUGCUCCGCCACAAACUGUUUUGCCGACAUCCACACUCACUCCUGGCGGAGACUCGAACAACCUGCGUUCGCAACUGCGCAGCUUCCUCAACGACAGCCUGUUUGUCGGAGUGCCCAUCAACGAGCAGACUAUCCCGGGGGCCAUUGGUCGCGCACUAGACUGGUUCGGGGAGAGCCUGGUCUACCUGCCGCAGUACGAGCGUCCGGAGUACAACUCCCGCGACUCUGUGUGCAACAUCCUGCGUGUCAGCCUCCGUUUGAUCAUCGAGCUUUGUAAUGGAGCUCCGGCCGGUGUCGAUAGUGCUCAGUUCGAGCAAAGUCUCAAACAGAUCUGUGACCAGUUCCGCAAGCGUCUGUACAGCGUUCUCUUCCUGUGCCUUGGAAGCGCGAAUGCGGAGCUCUACUGGCGCCAGCUAAUGCGCCUGCUUUGCGCACCGAUGCGAUCCAACUUCCGCAACGAAGCCCUGCAGUUUUUGUGCAUCUACAUAGACCCCACGAUUCCCGCCCAGGCUGACACAGUGGAUGCCCAACAGUUCCUGGUUUUGCGCAGCAUUCAAGGAGCUCCUCCAACAGCUGCCGACGAGCCAUUUGUGUCGCCGCCGCCUUUUGCCUUCAACCCACAACAGCAGCAACCGCAAGAGCAAUCUCUGGAUACGGAUGUUGAAAUGGCCGAAGUGGCCCCCAGCGGCAGCAACAGUUCACCGGCAGCCGAGCUACCAGCUGUGAUUGUGGGCUCAGAGCCCUGGCACAUGAGUUUCCCCAAUGAUUGGUUGCCUGUGAUAACGCGCGACCUACAGACCCAGUCAGAGCAGAGUAAUCGUCCCCAGCAGCCCUUCUCGGAUGCCUAUAUCUCGGGCAUGUCCGCCAAGCGCCGCAAGAUAAUUCAGUCGGAAAAGCCCACGGCCAGCGUGGAGUGUCUCUUAGCUAACGGAGUGCAGAGGGCUAUUCAGAGCGUUGGCUUGGGUGGAAGCAAUGGUGGUAGCGCCUCCAGCUCGUCGAUCAGUAUGGAUACCGUAAUCGGAUCCAUUGCUCACGACCCCACCAUUCAGGCUGCCUACACGGAUGCGGUGCGCAAUAGUUUAAAAGAGCGUAUCCAGCGGGAUGUGGAUUUUAAGACCAGCAAGUAUCCGCAGAUUGCCAAGUUCACCGAGCAAAAGUAGGAGGCAGAUGCGGAGACGGAAGCCUGGCCACCAAAUGCGUCUUGUACAUUUUACUUUAAUGAACUGUAUUUAAUUUAGUUAAUGGCUAAGUUCUGUUUAAAUCGAGAAGACGACGAAGAUUGCGACAACACCAACACAUGGAGUGGACCCUUAGCAAAUGCUUCAAACUACUUAGAAUAAUAAUAUCCAACUUAUAUUUAUCCACACACACGCAGACGGACACACACACACAAUGGGUCAAGACACAACAGAGCCCAAUCGAAAACAAUUUUGCGCUGCAUGAAUGAGCAAAAUAAACACACAUAUUAACCGAAACAAUGGCGAUUGGAAUUGGAUUAAAUGGACUUGGAUAUUAGACCACACACCGAGCGGAAUGCUUUCAAUUGUCCCAAAUGGCGGUGGCGUCCCCUCGUCGCAUGACGUUCUGCU